ACCAAAGUGUAAUAUAAGCCUACUUUCUCUCUCCCUCCCUCUCUUUCACAUGCACACCCCCAAAAUGUCCAACAUCCUUUGGAAGAACUUCCACCUUUGCUUCUCCAGUCUCAAGUGCCUCCCACCACCACUCCCCUAUCCGCCAUCGCUGGCGCCGCAACCACCCAUCUCCGAACACCAGCGCCGCCAACAUCCACCUACACCGGAAGACCAUGCCUCUGCCGCCACUCCAACCUCAGUCCUCAUCAAGAACUUCAACUCCCUCUACGACAUCACCUCCUCCGAGAACUCAACCACCACCUCUAACUGCUCCACCUCCCUCACUCCCUUCACAGCAGACGACCCCUUCUUCUCGUCCUCCUCCGAAGACUCCGACUUCGCCGACGUUGCCACCGCCUCCCCGCCUGACCUCGCCUCUGUGUACGCCUCCCGGCGCUUCUUUUUCUCCUCCCCGGGCCAGUCGAACGCCAUCAUCGACUCCCCUGACUCCCCGCUGCCGCACCCACCAACUGAGCCCCCACCACCAGUAGCCACCGCCGGAGGGCUCACCGUGCAGAAGUACUCAUCCGACCCUUACAGUGAUUUUCGGAGAUCGAUGCAGGAGAUGAUCGAGGCUAGGGAUAUCAAGGAUCUAAAGAAUGAUAACUGGGAGUAUCUGCAUGAGUUGCUGUUAUGUUAUUUGGCGCUUAACCCUAAGCAGACACACAAGUUCAUCGUCGGGGCAUUCACGGAUAUCGUGAUUCAUUUGAUGUCGCAUCCACCACCACGUACGGCAUUGGCUCUAGCUGAUAGGCCUCGGAAGCCUGGAGGGCAGCGGCAACGGCCAGCCAAUCCGCUAAGGCAGUUGGUGUAAUUAAUCAAAUUAUCUAAUUAUCAUAUUGUAAUUUACUUUUUCUUUUGCCAUAGCAAGUCAGUCUAGAGUGUUCGAGUAAUGUGAAAAAUUAAAAGGAAAAAUCAGAGAAGUGAUUCGGAAAACUUGGGUGGUGUUUGUCUC